AUGGAGGAGCUGAAGGAUCACCCUGGUCCGUCUAUUAUGGAUGAGCAUCAGCGGAAGAAAUUCCUUUUUUUAUGUUUCGGCGAGUAUUAUCCGGGCACUUCGCUUUCUUACUUGAUUCACGCCUUUGAUUUGGGGAAAAAUUGCAAUAUACUUCCAUUGGCAGAAUCCAGAAUAGUCGGUAAAAUAGGUCUGUCGAUUCCUGCAGUUAUGGGUUUUGGUGUUCGCGGUUCCAACAUCUUUUUGGUAGGCGGCAUUAAACCGAGUUUCAAUGGAUACGGCAAUUUCACACCAUAUCUGUGCAGAGAUGUUCUUGAGUUUGACACUAAGAAGUGCUUUAUGAUUCCACCCAAUUUAUCGGUUCCAUUCCGUCCAUUGAAUCCAACCCCUGUGAUGAGGCACCGUCCCCUUCAACAAGGGAAGAAUUACCCCCUGGUGGUGGAGCAUGACUCCAAAUUAUAUGUUCUCUCGUGCCGAAGUUUAAUGUUAACAUGUGGCGUACACUUCGCUCCUGGGUUCGAGAUGUUAGACCCAACAAAUGACGAAUGGGUGACUUUGCCUGAACCCCCAAUUUUCCACCGACGCUACCUUGGAAGAACCACCAAUUGUGUUGUUGUAGGCACUAAUAUCUUUGUGUCAUGUUUGUCUAGUAUCUUCCGCUUUGACAUGGCUGACACCAGUCAAAAAUGGAACGAGCACUUUUUUACAAACUGCAUUAGAUUGCCAUUCGACUUCGAUGGACGAAGUUUAGCUGUGAAAAUGAGCGAUGGGAAUUGGCUGAUUUUCACGUGUUACCCAGAAUUGUGUGAAGAGGCUGAUGAAUUUGAAGAUGACGCCUACUGCUGUUGCUAUGAGGACGACUGCUUCUUCCCUUCUGGUGUGGGUGAUUAUCCUCCUCAGGCUUAUCGUCAUUUUGAAUGGAAGCGUACAUCUUUGCCUACGUAUCUCAUGUCGAGUGACUUUACAUCACUCACACGGCUUCAACCUCUGUGCCUGCCUGAUGAUCUGUUACCUACUCAACCAGGGCUUGAACUAUUGCCUAUGUUCCGUGAUCUGUUCACUGCUAGAGCGCGUGAAAUAGAUUAUAGGAUCCUCCAUCUAGGAGGUCAUGAGAUAUGUCUUAUAUUGUCUGUCGACACUGGAUUUGAGUCCAAGGGCGGAGUUUUGAGGAAGAUGCCGAUUUUUGUGAUACGUUUCGAAUUUGAACUUUCUGACAGUAGAGAGUUGGUAACCAUCAAAACGGGGUCUUGUGGUGUUCAAUGUUUUCUACUCGAUGCGAACGGUCCAAGGGCAACUAAAGUCUCCAUGCAUGGUGCCUUUUGGCUUUAUGGAAUUUGA